GUGAUGACAAUCCCAAAUUCACAACAUCAAUCUACCCACUAUCUCUCAUGGAUUACUCUUCCUUUUCAAACCCUAGUUCGUGCGGCUCCACUUCCUCCGAGAAGAGCAAGAAGAAGAGGGGAGUGGCAGCCGUGAAGCUGUCGACGGACCCUCAGAGCGUGGCGGCGAGGCAGCGGCGCCACCGCAUCAGCGACAGGUUCAAGAUUCUGCAGAGCCUGGUGCCCGGCGGCUCCAAGAUGGACACGGUUUCGAUGCUGGAGCAAGCCAUACAGUACGUCAAGUUUCUCAAGACUCAGAUUUGGCUGCAGCAGGCCAUGAUCAACUUAGUUGAUGUUGAUGAUGCUGCUCCCACAAUUUCCAGUUUCCAACCCAAUAAUAGCGCUAGCGCACUCCCUCCGCUUAAUCAUCAGGGCUUUGAUUGUUACGCGGUGGAUCGCUUGCUGCCGGAGUGUGGCCAGUUGCCAGAAUCUUGGUUUUCCGGUCAAGAGAAUUGGGCUUCUGAUGCGUCCAUGCACAGCUGAUUCUCUUUUCUCUCUCCUCUCUCUUCUCUCUCUCUCUCUUUCUAGUCUGCGUGGCUAAUUUGGACAAUGAUAUUAUGCUGUCUUUAGUUAGUAGGAGUACUUAGUUUCUUCUUGGGAAAAAGAAGAAAAGCUAAUAUAUAUAUAUAUGGAGGAAGAAUUUAUGCUUUCUACUAGUAUAUCUACUGUAUUUUGUUUUUGUAGUUUUUCUGCUGUUUGUAAAACUUAUGAUGCGGAAGGGAAAUGAAUAUUAAUUUCAUAUUGGCCUGGUU